AUGCAAGUCACCUGGUUAAAACAAUUACGUGGCUCAGUUGAGAUCUUGGCCACCUACAACAGUCGGUAUAAGGAGAAAAUCAUGGAUUCUCAUGUCGGAAAAAUAAUGUUCCAACAAGCCACAUUCGGUUCUACUACCUUAAAAGUGAACAACGUUACUUUUGCCGACGAAGCCUGUUACGUUUGCGUAUUUGACAUCUAUCCAACUGGAUCUGAACGAGACCAAGUCUGCCUAACGGUUCAAGGUGUUUCUGAAAUUACGACAAAGUUACAGACUAUCACAAGCCCUGGUCUACCGUUGGAGACAGGCGUCGUAAUAACUUGUACAGCCACUGGUAAACCGACACCGGAGAUCCGAUGGAACUCGGAGGAAAACCUCAGUGAAUAUGUUGGGUAUCAGAAUAAUACCACGAUGCUCAACGAUGGCCGUACUAUGACUACUUCAAGCAACCUUACUGUCUGGAUGUCGAAAUUUGGUGGAAAGUAUGUGGAUUGUGUUGCACAGAGUGGAGAUGUCAUGGAGCAAAGACGCAUCAUUGUAGUAAAUGAAAACUGGCAAGUGAUAUUUAGCUUCGACCUCUCCAUGCUUCUCUGUGCUACCGCCAGUUUCUGUUGA